AUGAUAUUAGAUCUGUUUUUCCUGUAUCCAUUUUUGAACAAACACAAAGAGCGGCCAUCUUGUGACGCCACGUGGGAGGGGCCGCGCACGCCCCACCCUCAGCACGCCUCGCUCGUUACGGCUUUUUACGAAGCUCCGUCGAAGUUUCUCGCCUGCUGCACUCCCGCCGCUCGCCUUCUCGGGCGAAACUCUCUUGGUCGGCUGUACCGAAUAAUUCGAUAUCGGAUGAUGUUUUCGCUUUCAGCAUUAAGAGCUCUGUCGUUUAGUUAUGCCCCUUGCAAGCUGAAAUCCGGUAAUAAUGAAAUACUCAUGGGCCCCGUCGCGGCCAGGACGCGGGCGAUAAUUCAACGCGGCGGGCAAAAAGCGCCCGGCGGCGGCGAGAUCAAAGCCGGCGGCGCUCCAGACGCCCCGCUGAAA